AUGGACGGGUGUAUGGUGUUGCCCAAAGAGCCUGUGUGGAGCGGAAGGUUUUAUUGGGAUUUAAUAAUGCUCAUAAUGAUGGUUGGAAAUCUGGUCAUCAUACCCGUUGGAAUAACAUUCUUUACAGAACAAACUACAACACCGUGGAUUAUUUUCAACGUGGCCUCAGAUACAGUGUUCCUCUUGGACCUGAUCAUGAAUUUUAGGACUGGGACUGUCAACGAGGACAGCUCUGAAAUCAUCCUGGACCCUAAAGUAAUCAAAAUGAAUUAUUUAAAAAGCUGGUUUGUGGUUGACUUCAUCUCAUCGAUCCCAGUGGAUUAUAUCUUCCUCAUUGUAGAAAAGGGAAUGGAUUCAGAGGUCUACAAGACUGCCAGGGCACUGCGCAUCGUGAGGUUUACAAAAAUCCUCAGUCUCCUGCGUUUGUUACGACUUUCAAGAUUAAUCAGAUACAUACAUCAGUGGGAAGAGAUCUUCCACAUGACCUACGACCUGGCGAGCGCCGUGGUGCGGAUCUUCAACCUCAUCGGCAUGAUGCUGCUGCUGUGCCACUGGGACGGCUGCCUGCAGUUCCUGGUGCCGCUGCUGCAGGACUUCCCGCCCGACUGCUGGGUGUCGCUCAACGAGAUGGUCAACGACUCCUGGGGAAAGCAGUACUCCUACGCGCUCUUCAAGGCCAUGAGCCACAUGCUGUGCAUCGGCUACGGGGCGCAGGCCCCCGUCAGCAUGUCCGACCUCUGGAUCACCAUGCUGAGCAUGAUCGUCGGGGCCACCUGCUAUGCCAUGUUCGUGGGCCACGCCACGGCCUUAAUCCAGUCUCUGGACUCCUCCAGGCGGCAGUACCAGGAGAAGUACAAGCAAGUGGAACAGUACAUGUCCUUCCACAAGUUACCGGCUGACAUGCGUCAGAAGAUACACGACUACUAUGAACACAGGUACCAAGGCAAGAUCUUCGACGAGGAGAACAUUCUCAACGAGCUCAACGACCCCCUGAGGGAGGAGAUAGUCAACUUCAACUGCCGGAAGCUCGUGGCCACCAUGCCCCUGUUCGCCAACGCCGACCCCAACUUCGUCACCGCCAUGCUGAGCAAGCUGCGGUUCGAGGUGUUUCAGCCUGGAGAUUACAUCAUCCGAGAAGGAGCGGUGGGCAAGAAAAUGUACUUCAUUCAGCACGGGGUUGCCGGCGUCAUCACCAAGUCCAGCAAAGAGAUGAAGCUCACCGACGGCUCCUACUUCGGAGAGAUUUGCCUGCUGACUAAGGGACGCCGCACAGCCAGUGUUCGAGCUGAUACAUACUGCCGUCUUUACUCACUCUCUGUGGACAACUUCAAUGAGGUCCUGGAGGAAUAUCCAAUGAUGAGAAGAGCCUUUGAGACGGUUGCCAUUGACCGACUAGAUCGGAUAGGCAAGAAGAACUCCAUUCUGCUGCAGAAGUUCCAGAAGGACCUCAACACCGGCGUCUUCAACCACCAGGACAGCGAGAUCCUGAAGCAGAUCGUGAAGCACGACCGCGAGAUGGUGCAGAUGUCGUCGGGGGCCAUCCCCCCCAACCGAGGAGCCCCGCCGGGCCCGCCGCCACCAGCCGCCCCGCUGCAGAGGGAGCCUUCCUCAGUCUUAAACACAGACCCAGAGGCCGAGAAGCCACGGUUUUCUUCAAAUUUAUGA